AAUUAGAAAGCAUGUGUUGACAGAUACGUGGUACAGGAGAAAGGUGUGAUUUUUCGGUGGAUGUGAGGAUGGGGCAGGGGAAAAGCCAGUUCACAGAAGAAGAAUUGCAAGAUUAUCAGGAUCUGACAUACUUCACAAAGAAGGAGGUUUUGUAUGCUCAUCAGAAAUUUAAAUCCAUUGCUCCAGAGAAAGUUGGCCAUAAUAAGAAUGCAAAGUUACCAAUGAAUAAAAUUUUGCAGUAUCCAGAGUUGAGAGUUAAUCCAUUUGGUGAUAGAAUUUGUCGAAUAUUUAGUUCAAGUCAUGAUGGUGAUUGUACUUUUGUGGAUUUUCUUGAUAUGAUGUCUGUAUUUAGCGAUGAAGCUCCAAAGGCUGUAAAGGCAGAGCAUGCCUUUCGCAUAUUUGAUUUUGAUGGUGAUGAUAUGUUCGGAGUAUCAGAUCUGAGAAAGGUUGUGGAACGUUUGACAGGGCCACAACGGCUAAGUGAACAGGAUAUGCAGCACCUUAUACAAAAUAUCCUAGAAGAAGCUGAUUUGGAUGAUGAUGGUGCAUUGUCAUUCGCAGAAUUUGAGCACAUCAUAUCAAAAUCAUCUGAUUUUGCCAAUGCUUUCAGAAUUCGCCUGUGAACAAACCCUGCAGAUUGGUGUGUGGUGUUCUACGUAUUGCUCAACAGUUGUUGCCAAAGUUCAGUCAGUUGAUACUGACUGUAAAACUCUGGGUGCUAGCAGGAAUCUCAACGUGGCUAGUCAUAGUUCAAUAUUUAAACAAAGCAA